AUGAGUUCCAUAAAUCCUGAUAAUGAUAACAAGGAUGUUGCGUCUAACACCAAUGUACAGCUAGCUAGUGUCUAUACUAAGGCACAGUCUUAUAUUCCUCAGAUUGAACAGGUUUACCAAGGUACAAAUCCAAAUAUUCAAGAGGCAAAAUUAUUAGGGGAACUGUUACAAGUUUUAGCAGAAGUUCCCAAAGGUACCCAUUUAUUUUGCGAUCCCAUUCUAGAGCCAAUAUCCAUUUUCUCCUUGACUAUCUUCUCAUUUAAUGAAGAAGCUACCGCCACAUGGCUGAAAAAUCAUUUCGAUCCAAUUCUCUCCGUCUGUGACAAAUGUAUAUUGAAUUUUGCAAGAGGUAAGUGUAAAAUGCUUCAACAUUUUGCUAUUCAGAGACAUGUUCCGCAUGAGCACGUCGCUAAAUUCAAUGAUAUAGUUUGCCAAUGGAGAGUAGAGGCAGUGUUUCCUAUUCUAAGGAAUAUUUCGGUCAACGAUAAUACAGGUAUCAAUAUUACGAAGGAAAUCGAAAUUGCGAUGUAUGAAUGUCUUUGCAACCCACAUAUGUUGAGGCUUAACAAGGACCUCAAAGCCACCUUUGAGGCUAUUUUCAAAUUUUUCUACAAUACAAAGCAUCGGUUGCUGGACGUUACAAACCCUUCAAGUAUAAAAACAUUUAUAUCAGGUGUCAUAUAUUGUUGGUGCGAAGGCUCGAAAGAGGAAAACGAGUGGUCACAAGCCUUUUUAAUGGAUUUGUACUCAAGAGACUUCCAUAUAAACGUGUCUAGUUUGACACCGGACAUUAUCGAGGAAGUUUAUAUUCAUAUCUUAUUCUUACAAAAUCCAGCAAACUGGACAGAGGUCGUUGUUUCCCAAUUUUGGUCAAGAUUAUUACCAGUCUUCAAUUUAUUUGACAAAGACGUCUUUGUAGAGUAUUUCCAAGUCCCAAAGAAUGCGGAAUCGUUGAAAAAAUCAUUCAAGUUCCCAUUAGAGCCAAUUUAUAAGAUGUGGUACAAUCAUUUGAGCAAAUCUUAUCACGACAAGCCUUUGGACUUUCUAUUGAGAGCACUAACGAUGUUCUUAAAUAAAUUUGGGCCCGAAUUUUGGUCUAAAAUUGAGCCCUUCACUUUCCACAGCAUUUUGGAUAUAAUAUUCAACAGAGAUUCAUUCCCGGUCAAAUUAGUUAGGAUCCAAGAUAAUCCAAUAGUCGAACACCAAACAGAAAUCUACUUUCAACUCACUGGCUCAGUGACUGAUUUGCUUUCUUGGACCCUGCCAUUUUAUCAUGCAUUAACUCCGUCCAAACGGAUCCAAAUGGUUAGAAAAGUCUCAAUGGCAUUUUUACGAGUUAUCGCAAAUUAUCCGUCCUUAAAAUCCAUUCCCAAGGCAUGUUUAAUGAAUUCAUCGACUGCCUUGCUGAGAGCGGUACUUGCUAUUAAAGAGAAUGAAAGAGCAAUGCUUUAUAAAAACGAUGAAUUUGAGACAGUGCUAUUGACUAAGACAGAUUCCAGAGCAUUGCUUAACAAUCCCUUGAUUCAGGAUAUAAUAAUAAGAUCUGCUUCAAAUCCUAAUGAGUUUUACCCAGGGCUGGGGCCUGCGUCUGCAUCAGUGGCCACUUCCACAAUGAUGGUGUUGGCUGAAUGUAUUGAUUUUGAUAUACUGUUAUUAUGCCAUCGAACGUUCAAGCUUUAUUCAGGAAAAACAAUCAGUGAAAUUCCAAUUUCGACUAACGUUUUAGAAAACGUUACAAAUAAAAUUGACCUGAGAUCAUUUCAUGACGGUCCAUUAUUGGCAAAACAACUGUUAAUUUCUUUGAAGAAUAUCAACGGUCUUCUAAUAGUACCAGCGAACACCCCCGUAGCCAAAGCACACAACGCGUUGAAUCAAAAGUUUCUCCUUUUAUCAACAAGGUUAAUUGAAAAAUUUGCGGAUAUCUUGCCUGAUCAAUUGUCAAAGAUUCUUUCUGAUAAAGAUGCUUCACAGGGGUUCUGGUCCUGUAUAUUUUCCUCUGAUAGGCACCUGUAUCAAGCGGCUACAAAUAUAUUAUACAAUACUUUUGAUGUUGAAGGUAGAUUAGAAGGGAUUCUAGCAAUCUUGAAUAAUAAUUUGACUGUUAAUUUGGGGAAUAUAAACGUGAUGUUACAAAGGUUGAUCAAUUGUGAAUUUUAUGAGCCUUGUCCACGUGCUGUUCGCGUGCUGAUGGAUGUGGUGAGUGCUUUCGUUGACCCAAUUUCUGGUGUAUUUGCUAAUUAUCAAACGUUGAAACGCGAAAGCACUGAAGGAGAAUUUUUGAGGUUUUGGGAACUAUGCUGGUCAUUUUUGGAUACAAUUUAUAAGUUCACUCUAAAAUGGGCUUCUAAAUAUGACUAUUCUGAACUGGAAAAUUUUACAAAGGAUACAUUAGACUUGAGUCGCUCACUGGUGGACUCUUUUAGAGAAUUUUCAGAUAUUCUUCAGGGUCAAGACAAAAAUUUAUUACUCAACGUCCUGGAAACCUUCAAAAAUAUGUUAUAUUGGCUAAGGCUAAGUGACGAAGUACUUUUGGAAUCUUGUGUCAGGUUAAUUAUAAGCACGUCGGAUUUAGCGCGUGAAAAGCAUGUAAAGGUUGAAGAUUCAUUAGUAGAGAUGAUGGCUAAAUAUGCCUCAAAAGCAAAAAAAUUCUCGAAUAAAUUGACGGAACAACAAGCAACUGAGAUUCUGCAAAAAGCGAAAAUAUUCAAUAAAGCGCUUACCGAACAAGUUGCUACAGAAGCUGAAAGCUACAGAAAGGAAAAGGAGCUUUCGAGGCUGGGAAAAGUGAUAGACCUCACGGAUUCGGCGUCAGCAUCUCCAUCCUUACCACCUUCUUCGCCUUCAGUUGUUUCUGGCUCUUCUGCAGAAUCAAGAGCUGACUAUUUGCAAAGAAAGGCUCUAUCUUCUUCAAUCACUGGAAGACCUAGGGUUGCUCAACCCAAAAUAACGUCUUUUGGCACGUUUCAGCCAUCGACUAAUGUCAAUUUGCAGCGUACGAAACCAGUCAAGCCUCUAUCAAAAAUGGAAUUGGCAAGAAUGCAAUUAUUAAAUAACAGGGUUAUUCAUCCGCCUAGUGCACCGGCUUUCCAUACCAAGAGCAGAGGUUUGAGUAGUAAAAAUGACAGUAGUAGUGAGGAAAGUGACAACGAUAUAGAAAGCGCUCGAGAGCUUUUUGCUGUUGCCAAGGCAAAGGGUAAGGGAAUACAAACUGUUGAUAUAAAUGGAAAAGUGGUGAAGAAGCAAAGUGCGGCAGAAUUAGCCAAACAAGAACUUGAGUAUAUGAGAAAGAGAUUAAAUGUUGAUAUGAAUCCCUUGUAUGAGACUAUAUUACAGUGGGAUUAUACUAGAAAUAGUGAAUACCCAGAUGAUGAGCCUAUAGAGAAUUAUUUUGACGUAAAGGAUUCUUUCAAUUCUCCGGUGGAUUACCAAAGGACUAUGAGGCCUUUAUUGCUUUUAGAAUCUUGGCAAGGUCUAUGUUCUUCACGUGAUAGAGAGGAUUAUAAACCUUUCAGUAUUAUCGUAGGAAAUCGGACAGCCGUUUCUGAUUUCUAUGAUGUCUAUGCCUCUGUAACCAAACAGGUUUUACAAGAUUGCGGUAUAUCUGAGUCCGAUUUAAUUGUAAUGGCGUUCUUGACCGAUUUUAGACAAGGAAAAAGGCUAACUAGUGAAGAUUUUAAAAGAGCACAAAACACAUGUUUAGCAAAGGUUAGAACACUGAAGAACACCAAAGGUGGAAACGUUGAUGUCACAUUGAGGAUUCAUAGAAAUCACUCCUUCAGUAAAUUUUUAACAUUAAGGUCAGAGAUACAUUGUGUCAAGGUUAUGCAAAUGACAACUGUUGAAAGAGAGUAUUCAACACUAGAGGGACUGGAAUAUUACAACUUGGUCGGCCAAAUUCUACAUGCUAAACCGUCACCUCCUGUAAACGUUGGUACAGACGAAAUUGAGAUGGUUAAGAAAAGCUAUAAGCUUAACACAUCACAAGCCGGCGCUAUUGUUAACUCGGUAUCGAAGGAAGGUUUUUCUUUAAUUCAAGGUCCGCCAGGUACCGGUAAAACAAAGACUAUAUUGGGUAUUAUUGGCUAUUUCCUAUCCACAAAGAAUGCGCCACCUUCAAAUGUUAUCAAGACACCGAUAGAAAACCACUCAUCGAGCACUGAGCAACUCCUAAAAAAGCAGAAAAUUCUAAUUUGUGCACCUAGUAAUGCAGCUGUAGAUGAAAUCUGCCUUAGAUUGAAAGGCGGUGUAUAUGAUAAGCAGGGCCAUCAAUUCAAACCUCAAUUGGUACGUGUAGGGAGGUCUGACGUUGUGAACGUUGCAAUCAAGGAUUUGACUUUGGAAGAACUUGUGGAUAAAAGGAUAGGUGAAAGGAACUAUGAGAUCACAAGCGAUCCGGACUUAGAACGCAAAUUCAAUAACGCAGUCUCGAAAAGAAGGGAAUUGAGAGAUAAAUUAAAUUCUGAAAGUGGUAAUCCAGAAAGUCCAAUGUCYACUGAGGACAUCAGCAAAUUACAACUUAAGAUUAGAGAAUUGAGUAAGAUUAUUAAUGAACUUGGUCGUGACAGAGACGAAAUGCGUGAGAAAAAUUCAGUUAAUUAUAGGAAUAGAGGACUCGAUAGAAGAAAUGCGCAAGCCCAUAUUUUGGCUGUUAGUGACAUCAUAUGUUCUACAUUAUCUGGUUCGGCCCACGACGUUCUUGCCACCUUGGGUAUUACCUUUGACACGGUCAUUAUAGAUGAAGCGUGUCAAUGUACUGAGCUUUCUGCUAUCAUCCCCCUAAGAUAUGGAGGGAAACGUUGUAUUAUGGUUGGUGAUCCAAACCAGUUACCACCAACUGUUCUUUCAGGUGCUGCAAGUAACCUCAAAUAUAACCAAUCCCUAUUUGUUAGAAUGGAGAAAAAUAGCUCCCCAUAUUUAUUGGAUGUUCAAUACCGUAUGCAUCCUUCCAUUAGUAAGUUCCCCUCAUCAGAGUUUUACCAGGGUCGGUUAAAAGACGGCCCUGGUAUGGAUGUUUUGAAUAAGAGGCCUUGGCAUGAGUGCAAGCCGUUAGCUCCAUAUAAGUUUUUUGAUAUUAUUAGCGGGAGACAGGAGCAAAAUUCUAAGACUAUGUCUUAUACUAAUAUGGAGGAAGUACGUGUUGCUAUUGAGUUAAUUGAUUUUCUUUUCAGGAACUUUGAUAAUAAAAUUGAUUUUACGGGGAAAAUUGGUAUAAUUUCACCUUAUAGAGAACAGAUGCAAAGAAUGCGAAGAGAAUUUGCUCGUUAUUUUGGUGGCAUGAUCAACAAAUCAAUUGAUUUCAAUACCAUUGACGGUUUUCAAGGUCAAGAAAAAGAAAUCAUUUUAAUAUCGUGUGUUCGUGCCGAUGACACCAAAUCUAGUGUUGGUUUUCUAAAGGAUUUUCGUCGUAUGAAUGUCGCUUUAACCAGAGCCAAGACAAGCAUUUGGGUUUUAGGACAUCAAAAGUCUUUAACUAAAAGUAAGUUAUGGAAGCAUUUAAUUGAAGACGCAAAACGUAGAAAAUGUCUUGACUAUGCUUGCUCCGGCUUUCUAGAUCCUAGAAAUAAUAGAGCCCAAAGCCUUUUGAAGAAAUAUAGUGUUCCUGUACUAUCGGAACAAGAAGACGAUUACAAAUUGCCUAUGGAAUAUAUAACCAAAGGAACUGCCGACGCGGAAUCUAAUAAAGAAGCAAAGAAGAGAAAGAUUGUUGAUGAAGGUGAUGAAACAAAAAAAAUUCUAAAGAAAAAGAAGAAGGACAAGGAGAAGAAGAAAGAAAAGAGCAAAGAUAAGAAAAAGCUAAAGACUGAUGAGAAAAAGAAAAAAGAAAAAAAGGGAGAACUGUCCAGUGCAUCAUCUGGUACCAAGAAAAAAUCUUCUAUUUUUGGUGGUGCAAGUGUAGCCAAUAUAGUAGUUUCUAAAGGUUCCCUUGACGUGAAUGGCAGUACGAAGACGACAGCUGCAGUCGAUAAAAAGAAAAAGAACAGGCAUGUUUGUUUCUCAGAUGAUAUUAGCAUUAUACCGAGAAGUGAGGAGCCUGAAGUAAAAGUAACCAGAAGUCUGUCUUCUGUACUAAAGGAAAAGAAAACAACUCUAAAAGAAACGAAACCGUCUUCGCCACCUCCAGUUAGUGGGAGUGACGGUGAAGAUGAUGAAGAUGAUUAUACACCUUCCAUUUCCAGUUCAUUGAUGAAAGUUGAAACGAAGAAUAAUAGUAACAGAAUAACUCCUAAUGAACAAGUUUUUAGUGCGAGUAUAUAUGAUGAUCCGCAAACUAUACAACCUAAACAGUCUCAGCCCUCUCCCACAGUUUCAAGACAUGCAAAUUCAAAGACAUAUGCAACGAGUAAUUCACCAGGUAUUUUAAGUGCCUCCGAUUAUGGCGAGCCUGACCAGACCGGAUCGAACGCAUCACAUAGUUGGCAACCUCAGCAUAGGGGUAACGAGAACCAAUAUCCAACAACACCUGUGGGAUCUCAUGGAUCUCUUGGGUCAUUGUCUGCACAUCCGCAAGUGAGUUUCCCUACUGGUCCAGAAAACGCAUGUAGUAUAGAUUCUUAUCCGCAACCUCAGCCUCAACCUCAACAUCAACCUCAACAUCAACCUCAACCUCCAACCUUAAUGGUUCCUGGUAGUGUGCCUGCAGGUGUACGCAACAGUUCUAGGCGAAACACAUCAUCUAGCCCUUUCAUUCCCAAAAAAAGGAAACCUAGAUCAUAA